AUGGUGGAUCAUAAUAAAUGGGAUUUACCUGGUUCAACUGUGGUGAAUCCAAAAGAGCAAUGUAAUGCAAUAUCCUUGAGGAGUGGGACUGCGUAUGAUGGACCCAUAGUAGAAAAUAAGGGUAAGAAGAUUGAGGAUCAACAUGUCACUAGUCUAGGACAAGAGGAGGUUACUGAAGACCUUCCAAAGAUAGAAAAGCAAAAAUACACCGAGCCUCCACCAAAAAUUCCAUAUCCUCAAUGGUUUCGAAAGGCUAAUCUUGACAAACAAUUUUCUAAAUUUUUAGAUAUCUUUCGAAAACUACACAUUAACAUCCCUUUUGCAGAGGCUUUAGAACAAAUGCCAAGUUAUUUGAAGUUUAUAAAAGAAAUUUUGUCAAGAAAGAGGAAAUUAGAGGAUUAUGAGACAGUUGCAUUAACUGAAGAGUGCUGUGUAAUACUUCAGGAGAAACUACCUCCAAAGCUUAAAGAUCCUGCUCGACCAACUACAGUAUCUUUGGAGAUGGAAGAUAGAUCAGUUAAUCACCCUCUUGGAGUGAUUGAGGACAUAUUGGUAAAAGUGGGUAAAUUCAUCUUUCCUGCAAACUUUACUAUUUUAGAUAUGGAGGAAGAUGAAAAUAUUCCAAUAAUACUUGGAAGACCAUUCUUGGCGACUGGUAGGGCUUUAAUUGAUGUAUAA